AUGGCCAACAAGAAGGCGCGACAGAGGAUCAGUUAUGUCCUGCCACUUGCCAAUUCGCCUGGCGGCCACAGGCUGGGAGUAAACGGCCUUGCUAUCGAUCGCGAUCAAUCGAUCCUCUAUUCUGGGGGACGAGAUGGUGCGAUAUGCGCCUGGAACUUGAACCUGGAUUUGAAGACCGCUCUCCCCUUCGAUUCGCCGGACGACCCGUCCGAGACGAGCUCGGAUACGCAAACCUCGACGACCUUCCGCGCGCAGACCCAGGCUCAUACGCAUUGGGUCAAUGAUAUAGUGCUCGCGCAGAAUAAUACGGCGCUGGUAUCGGCGUCGUCGGAUCUGACUGUAAGAGUAUGGCGACCGCUGUCGAAUGAGUCGGAGGCGCCGCAGACGAUCGGGCAGCAUGCCGACUACGUGAAGCGUGUUGCGACGCCGAGUUCUCACGCAGACUGGAUUGCGUCGGGAGGCCUCGACCGGAAGAUAUGUCUCUGGGAUCUCAGUGGUGCCGGCAAGAAGCUUGAGAUUGCGGUUGGCGAUGAGGAGACGAGCGAGAAAGGCUCGGUUUAUGCGCUGAGUGUUAGCCGCAGCAUACUUGCGAGUGGGGGACCAGAAUCUAUUGUUCGACUAUGGGAUCCGAGGACAGGCAAGAGAGUCACGAAGUUCGUCGGGCAUACGGACAAUAUCAGGGAUAUUCUUAUAAACGAGAGCGGCGACACGAUCAUGACUGCCAGUUCGGAUCAGACUGUUAAGGUAUGGAGUGUUACGGCUGGUCGUUGCAUGCAUACUUUGACGAUGCACAAUGAUAGUGUCUGGAGCUUGUUCUCGGAUGAUCCAGAUCUGGGUGUCUUCUACAGCAGCGACCGCUCUGGCUUGGUUGUGAAGACCGAUGUUAGAGGUACUAUGGGAGAAAUGGACGAUGGUCUGUCUCUGGCUAUUACGCAAGAGAAUGAGGGAGUAACCAAGGUUAUUGCUUGCGGAAAUCAUAUCUGGACUGCAACAUCCAGUUCUUCGAUUAACAGAUGGCCAAACGUCGAUACUGGGUCAGACAUCCAGCUCCCAGAAGCCUUCCAACGACAUAGAACUUCUAGUGUAGCAUCCCGAACGAGGCAGAUAUUCCCAACCCCUGCCGACGGUGGUGAUCCGAAGAAGGAGAUACCUGCUCAGUCGAUUCUCAGGAUAUCCAAUACGGCCAGCUUUCCCGCCGCGGCGAUCAGAGACUCGGAUGCUGCAACCACCAUAUCUGCAUUAAGCAGCGUACGCAAAGAUUCAGAUAUUAUCGUCGAUCCUGAUAUUGGUGUGAUUGUGCCGAUACAUGCUUUGCCUGAAGAGACUAUUGAGGGCCAGCAUGGGCUGGUCAAGCACAAACUCCUGAAUGAUCGUCGGCGUGCUUUGACACUUGACACAGCAGGCGAUGUACUGCUAUGGGAUUUGUUACAGUGUAUUCCGAUUCAAUCCUUCGGGAAGAGGCAUCUGGAAGACGUUGAACCCGAGGUCAACACUAUGGAAGCGGUUGCUCCUUGGUGCUCGAUUGAUACCAGGACAGGACGCCUUGCUGUUGUUCUGGAAGAGUAUAACUGCUUCGAUGCUGAGAUGUACGCCGACGAGCUUCAAUUGGAUGAACCGGUAGAGUUCAGAGAAGAUCAAAGGAUCAACCUCGGAAAGUGGAUCCUUCGUCACAUUUUCUCUAAUUUUAUUGACGAGAUGAUCAAAAGAGAUGAAGCUUUCCGGAGAGAACUCAACAAGAAGGUGAUGAAGAGCGGCCCAAGAGCCACAGCGCCGACACAGAUUCAAAUCCCAGCGGCAAGAAGUUGGACAGAUAGCUCUCCUACAACGCCUAAAGCCAAUGGAAUCCCAUACCCAAUGACUCCGGGUAUGGGCAUCGGUGUGAUUACACCUGGUCUGAAUUAUCUUCCUGGUGUGCCUGAAGACGGCGCCCCUUUGGACAAACGAGAGUCGCAAGCUAGCCGUUCCACCACUGAAAAGAGUGGUGAUUACUUUUCCAACGUGCCCCUGCCCUCCGAAGCCGGCUUUAAGCCUGCAACGGAGACCCAGCCUGAAGAUAAAACACCUAAAUCGCCCAUGGAUACCGAGAAAGACCCCAGCGGUAAAGAUGGCAAUACGCUGUUUGGUAAGAAAUUCCGUAUGGGCAUGGGUAGCAUGUCAUUUGGAAGCAAGAAAUCGGCACGAUCGACGUCGAUUGUAGCCACGGAAAAGCCGAUUGUCGUUGAUGAGAAAAUUGAGGAGGACUCCGAGCCUUCAGAGAAUGGUGAGAAGGAGAAAGAGGUCGAUGAUAACUUGCUCGGAAUAGUACAAAUCAUUCAAAAUGGCUAUGAAAGAGCUCUGCUUGAGAACCCAGAGCAGCCAGUGCAGAGCGGUAUUACUCCUAGCUUGCCAAACGAAACUCCAGUUCUUAAAAUUCCGCCUAAGACGACUGUCAUUAUUCAGGAGGAAACUUCUGGAGGCAGUGCCGACUUAUACCGAGGGACAGUUGCGACUGUCGGAGAGGAUGCGGCUUUAAUAGCAGAGCGUGCCCCGAUGUGGCUUGUCAAACAGAACAAAACUCCCUUGAAGGAGCCCGUUAAGGUAUCCUUUGUCCUGCAACCAUGGCAAGAUCUUCUUCCAAGUAUUGCUGGUCCAGAUGGCAACUCCCGCCUGAACGCCAACAGAAUGCUUCGCGUCAAGAAGAUCUUGGCUUAUGUCGCAGAACGAGUGGAAGCGGCGCCUGUAGAGCCUGAUCCAAACGCACUACGGCCAGAGGAGUAUCUCGAGCUUUACUGCUACGAUCAGAAAUUGCCGGUUAGCAUGAGUCUCGCGACACUUCGUGCUCAUAUUUGGAAAGGGGGCGCGGAUGUCAUGCUCUUUUACAAGAGCAAUGGCCGAAAGCCUAUUGCUCAUGAGAAGACCCCGGCUUCUUCUUCGCCUGCGGUUACAGACUUUUCAUCAGGGAUAGGGACGGCACCAGUAUCCACUACAGCUAGCGCAUAG